UCAGCGGCGCUUGGGAUGCCGGCCCCGGCCCCUCCUUUGGCUCCUCCUCCUCCUCCUCCUUGGCUGCGCACUAGGCCGCAGGUCUCCCCCUGGGCGUGGAGCGGGCUUCCUCCUCGGCCUCCUCCGCCUCCCAUGGCCGCCGGGGCGCGCUGGGUGCUGGGCGCGCUGCUCCGCCAGACCGGCGCCGCCUCGGCCUCGCUAGGCCUCUCCUCCUCCAUCUCCUCCUCCUGCCGCCUCCUGCGCUGUCUGGGCGCGGCAGCCGCAGCAGCAGCAGCGACGCAGAGCCGAGGGCUCUCCCGCUCCGCCGGGCCGGUGCCGGGCCUCAGCGCCUUGCCCGGACGCCCCCUCCUGGCCCCGGCCCUGGCCCUCCACGCCAGGACGGGCUUCGCGCAGGACCACAGUACUCCCUUUCAAGAAGAGUACCCUCCCCUCUCGGAAUACGAGCCGCAUCCUGCCAAGUCAGGCGAGGAGGAAGAGGAUGUGUAUCUUAUCCGAGCCCAAGGCCUGCCUUAUUCCUGCACUGAGGAAGACGUUCUCAACUUCUUUGCAGGCAGCAAAAUCCGAAAUGGUGUGAACGGCAUACACUUCCUCUUAAACCGAGAUGGCAAGCGGAGAGGAGAUGCUCUGAUCGAACUGGAGUCAGAGCAGGAUGUGCAUAAUGCCUUGGAGAAACACCGGAGAUAUUUGGGGCAGCGCUACGUGGAAGUUUUUGAAAUACAUAAUGAGGAUGUUGAUUCUAUCAUGAAGAAUCUGCAGUCCAGCUCAACGUCUGUGACCAACGAUGGAGUGGUGCGGUUGAGAGGCCUUCCCUAUAGUUGUACUGAAGUGGAUAUUUCUGAAUUCUUCUCAGGUUUGUCUAUAGUUGACAUAACAUUUGUCAUGGACCAGAGAGGGAGAAGGAAAACAGGAGAAGCCUUUGUGCAGUUUGCUAGUCCUGAGAUGGCAAACCAAGCCUUGCUGAAGCAUAAGGAGGAGAUUGGGAGCCGCUACAUAGAAAUAUUUCCAAGCCAAAGAAGUGAAAUCCGAACGCACAAUGGCUUUUUCCGGGGCAAGAAGAUGAUGGGUUUUCCCACCACAAAGCAAGAUUCCGACUCCCUUUUUAAUGAAGGUGAUUUGAAUGAGGCCUUAAGUCCCGUUGCAGCUUAUGAAAACAAUAAAGAACACGAACUAUUCAAGCAAGCCUUUGAAAGGCCUCGGGAUUCGCUGGAAUCUCGGAGUUUCCCCUCGCCUCACUUUGUUCACCUGAGGGGUCUUCCUUUUCAAGCAACGGCCCAAGAUAUUAUAAAUUUUUUUGCGCCCCUGAAACCAGUGAGGAUCACUAUGGAAUAUAACUCAAGUGGGAAAGCCACCGGAGAAGCAGACGUGCACUUUGAGACGCAUGAAGAUGCAGUUGCUGCCAUGGCCAAAAACAGGUCUCACGUUCAACAUAGAUACAUUGAAUUAUUCCUGAAUUCAUCACCAAGCAGAAAAAAUGGUUGCCAGUGACAAUGGCAUGUAAUUACCAAAGUUUAGGAUAAAUCAAGAUGCAUCUCAUUUGCACAUAUUCCUAGGUCUGGCGUAGAGGCAUUCCUGUAACCAGGAAAGGACAAAUUCUAGAGGACACUUUUUCCUGAAUUGCUUUUCAAGGAAAAUCCCAUCGCUGUAUCUAAAUACCUAUAUAUUUGUGCGGGAUAUGUUUUAUGUAAAUCCAAAAUUAAAGUUAAUUGUCCUUCAA